GAGGGGGACAAACGGGUGUCCUCCUUACUUCUGUCAUGUCUUUAUUCGGAUAAAAAAAGAAGAUUUGUGUCUCUGGACGAGCUUUGAGAAGCCCUGUGAAUGAAAUUGGAACUCCUUCGCUUCGUAUAAUGUAAUGACACAAUAUGGACGAACUCCCCUGGAGCAGAUAAAGAGUGAAGGAUAGAGGAAGCAAGAGAAGACGGAGGCAUUUCAACAGAGAGAAGGUACUUAUCGCCGACGUACACCGCACGUCAUGUCCACCUCGAUAAAGCAGGAGAGAACCAUUUGCGUUCUCCUCCCCAACAAAGACCAGCUGGACAUCGCUGUCGGGCCAAAGUCCACGGGGCAGGAUGUUUUUAAUCGUGUGGCAGAGCUUCUUGGAAUCAAAGAGCUGCACUUCUUUGGCCUCACAGUGGUGAAGGACAAUGAGCACAUAUUUUUAGACAUGGAGGAGAAACUGACUAAGUACUUUCCUAAGGAAUGGAAGCAAGAUUCAGGAAAGGACAAAAAGGCAGAGAGAGGAACGGCGUUGCUCGGUCUGACCCUGCGAGGAAUGCAGGUUUAUCAGGAGGUGAACAACCUGCGACAGCUGCUUUAUGACUUCCCCUGGUCAAAUGUGGGACGUCUCACUUUCCUGGGUAAGAAAUUCGAGAUCCAGCCAGAUGGCUUGCCAUCCGCCAGAAAGCUGGUUUACUACACUGGGUCAUCAUUCCGCUCUCGCCACCUCCUCCUGCACUUGAGCAGCAGCCAUCGCAUCUACCUCAGCCUCCAGCCUGCCCUCAAACACCUACGCCAGCUGGAGGAGAGCGAAGAGAAAAAACGUUACAGAGAGUCAUACAUCAGUGAUGACCUGGACUUGGACCCGCCAGGCAGUGAGAGCAGCCCCGGCCUGUCCCGACACUCCACCAGCAGCUCUGGAAUCGAAGCUGACGCCCGCCAGCACAGCAUCUCCACAGAGAUGGCCUCCAUGGAGGAAGAAGGUCAACGGCGAGCAGAGAAGUGUUUCAGCUCAGCGGCCAGCCAUGGCAGCUCCUGCACCUCUGGGUUUGACACAGGCAGUAAGGCUCGAAUAGAAGAUGAGGGGUGGCAAGAGGAAGAGAUCAAGACCAGUGUUGGAAGCCCAAAGGAGGUUCUCGUGGAUGAUCCUGAUGAGAUGUUCCAGUUAGCUGAUCUUCUUGAAGGGGUGUCAGUGGAUUGUGGAGAACUCUCCUUACAGACUCACUCACCAGUGGGCUCUACAGAAAACAAAGUGUGCCUCCCAGCCAGUGAUGAAGAUCUUGGGAAAUUGCGUAACAAGGAUAUGUUAAAACAGAUGCAGAAAUCUAGGACACAAGUUUGUGUGGAUCGGCACAGCCACAGUCUAGAUGAUGUACGUCUGUUCCCACCUCCGGCCCCCCUGGGGACGACACUGCCACCUGAUUCCUCCCACAGCUAUACCUUUGGGCUCCCAGAUGUCUCAACAAACAAAAAGACCCCUGUUGAUCACACUCAUUAUUCCCUUUUGCACUGCCAAGCCAAACCUUCUUUCUAUGGCCGCAGGUCUACCAACUGCCUGUCCCUGGACAUGUUAGGUGAUGAACAGUUCCUAGAAUUCAUACUUUGAACAUGUCAAGCAUCUACAAAUACGCCUGUUCUCUUCUUUUACAUACAGUGCAACUUAAUUUGUAGGUUGCCAAUGCAUGAAUGUCUCAGUGUUUUCUGCGAGGGGACGAUGACAGCCGAGGGAUGUGUGUGUGCUUCAGAUUACAGAGAGACUUCUCAUUCUUCUUAGAAGUGCUGUGGAUUAUGUGACAGCACCAUCUCAAUCAGUAAACAGAGCAUAUUUAUAAAUGUUGUAUAUUGUGUACAUACUACUUGCACUAUUUUAUUACAUUUCAUUUUCUCUGAGUAAGAACAUUUUCAAUCAAUUUUAUUGUCUUUUUGUAAAGUUCACAUCUUUUGUAAAGUUCUUUCAUUUUACGAAAUAUUGGAAUGGGUAAGGUUUGACAUUUUUAAGCCAUGCAGUCGGGCUGCAUUGGACAUUCAUAAAAUGGGAAUUACUUUCCUUUCCAUUUCCAUUUGCUAAUGUAAACACUUCCUUGUUUUAUUCAGAAGAAUUUCCAGAAGCCACAGUGCUAAUGUUUGUGCUACUGUAUUCUGUCUUCUUUUUUUUAAAAAAAAUCUUAUUUUAUCAUAUACUCUAUUUUUGUAUAGUGUGCUCUGUCAUGCUUUUCCUAUUAGUCUGCCACAGCAAUGUAGCUGCCGAUGUGGAAAAUUGAACCUCUUUACAGCUGGUAAUGCAUUCAUCCAAAGCUUCCCCAUUCUAUACUCUCCUCCUGCUGUCGUAAUUACAACUGAAAAGUAUUAUUUGUAUAGCACUAUUUCUGUAACCAGCAAGUGUAUAAUGAAUCUGCAGUAUUUUUGUAUUAUGUAACCCCCAAACAAAGAGACCCUCUGUCGGGGUUCUCUCGGACAUUAUUUUCACUGUUUUGUAAAUGAUAAUUGCUAUGCAAAAGAACUGACGUCUUUAGCCAGCAUGAACUCACUCAUCAUUAAGCACAUAAAAAGUCUUACUCAAGGCCAAUAAUGUACGAACAACUUUCAGUGUUAAUCCACAAUACUGAGUGAGUCAUUUUUAUCUGAAGCAAUGUUUUUUUAUCAUAGUCAAAAUAAAUUCUUAAUGCUACU